AUGACAGGAUAUGACAAGUUCAUGAAGGACUUGGUUACAAAGAAAACAGUUGUAGGUCUUAAUUUUAUUAAUGAUGUUCAUCAUGACAACACCAUUGCGACCAAAUCUUUGGUUCAGAAAAAGAAAGAUUCAUGUGCAUUCACUAUCCCAUGCACUAUUGGGUCAAUCAGUUUUGCGAAAGCAUUGUGUGACCUAGGAGCCAACAUCAAUUUGAUGCCAUUAGCCAUCUACAAAAAACUGGGGUUAGGAGAUCCAAGACCUAUAUUAAUGAGCUUGAUGAUGGCUGAUAGGUCAGUUAAGCGGCCUGUGGGAGUCUUAUGUGAUGUGCUUGUGAAGGUGGACACCUUCAUUUUUUCGGUUGACUUCACAAUCUUGGAUUGCGAAGUAGACUUUGAGGUUUCCAUCAUCUUGGGAAGACCAUUUUUGGCCACUGGAAGGGCCUUGGUUGAUGUUGAGAGAGGAGAGUUAAAGUUCACACUGAACAAGAAGGAGGUAAAAUUCAAUAUUUGCAGGUCAAUGAAGCAACCCUAUGACAUGAAUGUGAUAUCUGCAAUAGAGGUGGUUACUGAAGAAGACAUGAGGGUACCCAUAAAAGAGAGAAUAGUGGUUGAAAUAUUAGCAGCAGUGCUGAUGAACUUUGAUGCUGAUUUCCGAUUUGACUAUGUAGAGACCGUGAAUGCUUUGCAGGGGAUGGGAGCACACUCGUAUGCUCUAAAGAAAUUGGACCUGGACUUGAAAAAUAGGCCAAGCCCUCCAGCAAAACCAUCCGUUGAAGAUCCAUCGGUGCUAGAGUUGAAAGAGUUACGUAGUCACCUCAUAUAUGUAUUUUUGGGGACUAAUAACACUUUACCUGUGAUUUUGGCUGCAGAUUUAAAUAAAGAGUAG